CAAUUAUUUUCACCACACUCAAAAUUAGGGUAGUCUUCUUCGGCCAAAGUAGAAAGGUGAGGAAAAAAAAACACAGCUUUCCUGUAAAUUGAAUUUGGUAGGCUGCAUUUUAGAGGGAGAUGGCUGAUUUCAUUACAUCUACUCACAGAACCAAGUGGAUUCUUACUCCCCAAGAAAUUAAACAUAAAUACAAAGUUGCCAAUCAAAGAGCUAAACAAGCACUAGAGAAGUAUGGAACAACACGAAUGGAAGUUGAUAUCGAUGGGUCGUUCUCGUAUGCUGAAAUUCAAAAUGACGCAAAAGAUAGUGCUGAAAAGCGUCCUAAGCCACUCAAGGUCGAAGAAGAACAACUUCUAAGGGCUUUCUACGAGUUCAAGAUUCAAGACGUCUGUGAUGCCUUUAAGUUCCCACGUAAGAUUCAGGCGACAGCUCUCCUUUAUUUCAAGAGGUUUUAUCUGCAAUGGUCCGUGAUGGAACAUCACCCCAAAGACAUUAUGUUAACCUGCAUAUAUGCUGCUUGCAAGGCAGAGGAAAAUCAUGUAUCAGCUGAGGAGCUUGGUAAGGGGAUUGGACAGGAUCAUCAUGUAAUCCUCAAUAAUGAGAUGCUGGUUUUCCAGAGUCUUGGAUUUGAUCUUAUUGUUUAUUCUCCCUAUCGUGCACUUGAAGGUUUUAUCAGUGAUUUAGAGGAGUUCUGUGGAGCUAAAGAUGAGGAUCAGCUUGUGGCACUGAAGGGUUCACUCAAUACUGCUAGGAUGGAGGCAGAUAAGAUUAUGCGUACUGAUGGACCACUUCUAUUCCCACCUGGGCAGUUGGCAUUGACAGCUUUGCAUAGAGCUAACACAAUGCACGGCAUAUUUGAUUUAGAGAGGUACCUGAGAAGUGUUCUAUCACGUCAACAUCCAGAUCACGCCAUUUCAGAACUUACUGGUUCUAUAAAUACCGUUGAUUCUUUGAUUGGUAAACUUUUGACUCCGACUUCCAAAGAUGUGAAGCACAUUGAUCGGAAACUCAAAUCAUGUCUUGAUCCGGGUUCACAUGACAAGAGUAAAAAACGGAAGCAUAGAUCCAAAGAUAGCUCAAAUGAAGUUACAGAUAUCUCUUGAUCUGCUCGAAGUUUGUAGCUUCAAGCAUAUGUUAUUUGGCCGGUGAAAUAGUUCCUCAUUGCCACUCAUCAGUUUCCGUAUAUGGAGUUAAACAUCAAGGUAGACUGGAAGACAUCGUCUACUACAUUUGCAUCAGGUCGAGAGAAGCAGCAGAGUCAGGUCAAGGAUUUAAAUUUAAUGGGUUCUACUUUUAGGAUUAUCCUCAUUGAACUCAUUACUCAUUAUACUGUUGAAAUUAUGGGUUUCGAUCUUAAAUUUGUUGAGAUUUUCAUAGAUUUUUACAUAUAUACACACACACAUCUAUACUCUGUAUUGAAAACCGUGGAUUCAGAUGAACUUGCAUCCUAAAGGCGACAUCCACCCCCGAGAAGAAGCAUCAAUAAAGAGGUGCAUGUAUGAAUGGAUAAAUGGCUCUCUCGGUGAGCUGAAGAUGGUUCAAUCGUUUCUGUUUUUAAUUUUAUUAUUGGUUUCCUAAA